AUGGAGUACUUGUCAAGGUGUUUGGGUAGUGUUGCAGGUGAUAAGAAAUUUAAGUAUCAUCCAAGAUGCAAGAAACUGAAUAUAACCCAUAUGAUGUUUGAUGAUGAUCUACUGAUGUUUGCUAGAGCUGAUAUCCCUUCUGUGACUGCUUUGUUUGGGGCUUUCAUUAAAUUCUCACUUGCUUCUGGACUGUUGGCUAACCUUCAUAAAAGUGAGGUCUACACUGCUGGUAUCCCUGAUAGUAUGAAACUUAAGUUUGCUGAUUGCAAACCUCUUAUUGAAAAGAUAGUUGAUAGAGUGAGAAGUUGGACUGCAAAAUUUUUGUCUUAUGCAGGGAGGUUACAAUUGAUCAAGUUUGAGCUGGGUUCAAAGAAAGCUCCUGUUGCCUGGGAGCAGAUGUGUUUCCCCAAGAGUUGUGGAGGGUGGAACUUGACCAAUCUUGUUAUUUGGAACAAAGCAACUGUUGUGAAGCAUCUGUGGGCUCUUUCUAUGAAACAAGAUAGACUGUGGGUUAAAUGGAUUCAUAUUUACUAUGUGAAAAAUCAGAAUUUCUGGAGUAUGCCUGUUCCCAAUGGGCUCACUUGGUCUCUUAGGAAGAUUUAG